CUUCCUCCUCUCUCUCUCUCUCUCUCUCUCUCUCUAAGACGAUUGCUUCCAGCUAAAAGCGAGAAAGUAUCAGAGGCAGAAAUUCAGUUCUCAGCAAAACUGGAACAUCGUUGUUGGCCUUGAUUUUGCACGAGGUAACCGAUGUUAAUUUCACCAUUUAUUGCAUGAUCGAGUUCGCUCCAGGAGGUUUGCAAAAUCGGAAUCAACGAUACCAGAUUACGAGGGUAGCUUGCAAUGGCUGGAUCUGUUAAAAAUAUGGAUCCUGCAUUCCAGGGAGCUGGCCAAAGAGUAGGCAUGGAAAUAUGGCGAAUUGAGAAUUUUCAGCCAGUGCCUUUACCAAAGUCUGAUUAUGGUAAAUUCUACUCCGGGGACUCUUACAUUGUUUUGCAGACAACUGCAGGCAAAGGAGGUGCUUAUCUUUAUGAUAUUCACUUUUGGCUGGGAAAAGAUACCAGUCAGGAUGAAGCUGGAACCGCAGCAAUCAAGACAGUUGAACUUGAUGCAGUCCUUGGCGGUCGUGCUGUGCAAUACAGGGAGCUACAAGGUCAUGAGUCUGACAAGUUUCUUUCAUACUUCAAACCUUGCAUUAUUCCUCUGGAGGGGGGUGUUGCCUCCGGCUUUAAGACACCUGAGGAUGAAAAGUUUGAAACAAGGUUGUACGUCUGCAGAGGCAAACGAGUAGUAAAACUGAAGCAGGUUCCGUUUUCCCGCUCGUCGCUCAAUCAUGAUGACGUAUUUAUCCUUGACACUGAAAAUAAGAUCUAUCAAUUUAAUGGUGCAAAUUCCAACAUUCAAGAAAGGGCAAAGGCUUUGGAGGUCAUUCAAUUUUUUAAGGACAAGUAUCAUGAGGGAACAUGUGAUGUUGCUGUCAUUGAUGAUGGAAAACUUGUAGCAGAGUCAGACUCUGGUGAAUUUUGGGUUCUCUUUGGAGGUUUUGCCCCCAUUGGGAAAAAGGUUGCAAGUGAAGAUGAUUUUACAUUGGAGACUACUCCUGGAAAACUCUACAGCAUUACCGAUGGUCAAGUGAAUGCCGUUGAAGGUGCUCUUUCUAAAUCAUUGCUGGAAAACAAUAAGUGCUAUUUGUUGGAUUGCGGAGCUGAGGUCUUUGUUUGGGUUGGUCGAGUUACCCAACUGGAGGACAGAAAGGUUGCAAGCCAAGCUGCUGAGGAAUUUAUAUCCGGUCAAAAUGCGCCAAAAUCAACACGCAUAACACGGGUCAUUCAAGGAUAUGAGUCACAUUCAUUCAAGUCAAACUUUGAGUCCUGGCCAAUGGGUACAGGUACUUCUGGUGCAGAUGAAGGACGGGGGAAAGUUGCAGCUUUGCUGAAGCAGCAAGGAGUUGACAUUAAAGGCAUCGGGAAAGGUUCUCAAGUUAAUGAGGAUGUUCCUCCUUUGCUUGAAGGGACCGGCAAACUCGAGGUGUGGCGCAUUAAUGGCAAUGCCAAGACCUUGAUUCCUAAAGAGGAAAUUGGUAAAUUCUACAGUGGAGACUGCUACGUCGUCCUUUAUACUUAUCAUUCUGGUGACAAGAAGGAGGACUACUUCUUAUGCUGUUGGUUCGGAAAGGACAGUGUGCAGGAGGACCAAUUGACUGCAGCUCGACUGGCAAACACAAUGACCAACUCCUUGAAAGGAAGACCCGUUCAGGGUCGCAUCAUGCAAGGAAAAGAACCACCGCAGUUUAUUGCUCUCUUUCAGCCGAUGGUUCUUUUAAAGGGUGGUUUAAGCUCUGGCUACAAGAAGUUUUUAUCUGACAAAGGAUUGAAUGAUGAAUCAUAUACUUCUGAUUCUAUCGCACUAAUUCGAAUUACUGGUGCAUCAGCACAUAACAGCAAAGCAGUUCAAGUUGAUGCGGUGGGGGCAUCACUAAGCUCCGCCGAUUGCUUUCUGUUGCAAUCUGGGUCAACAAUUUUCACUUGGCAUGGCAAUGCCAGCACUUUAGAGCAGCAGCAGCUGGCAGUUAAGGUUGCAGAAUUUCUUAAGCCUGGGGUGACACUCAAACACGCAAAGGAAGGAACUGAGCCAGCAGCUUUCUGGUUUGCACUUGGAGGCAAGCAGAGCUACACAACCAAAAAGGCACCCCCAGAGAUCACCCGAGACCCUCAUUUAUACACUUUUUCAUACAAUAAAGGGAAGUUUGAGGUCUCCGAGGUCUUCAACUUUUCUCAAGAUGAUUUAUUGACUGAGGACAUGAUGAUACUCGACACACGAGCGGAGAUCUUUGUAUGGGUUGGCCAAUCAGUAGACCCCAAAGAGAAGCAGAAGGCCUUUGAGAUUGGGCAGAAAUAUAUAGAUAUGGCUGCUUCACUAGAAAGUUUAUCAGUAGAUGUCCCCUUGUACAAGAUCACAGAAGGGAAUGAACCAAGUUUCUUCACUACAUACUUUUCGUGGGAUCCUGCAAAAGCAGCUGCUCAAGGAAAUUCAUUUGAAAAGAAACUAGUGAUGCUUCUAGGGAUGUCUGCUCUGGCUGUAGAGCAGAGUUCUCGAAGAAGCAGUUUCGGAUCCCCUGAUGGCUCUGACAAAUCGAAUGGUUCAAAUCAAGGUGGGCCCACACAGAGAGCCUCGGCCCUUGCUGCUCUCAAUUCAGCUUUCAAACCAUCGAGUGCAACGAGAAUUGCAGCACCAAGGCCAGCCUAUUCCUCAGGCCAGGGUUCACAGAGAGCGGCUGCAGUCGCAGCUCUUUCUACUGUUCUCACUGCUGAGAAGAAGGGAUCACCUGAUGCUGCUUCCCGAUUCAGCAGAAGUCCUUCGCCUGAUGUCACGGUUUCUGAGGCAAGGAAGAGUGUGAGUGCAAGCCUUGAAGUGGAGGAUCAACUUGAUAAUUUGAGUGUCAAGGAGGCAACAGAAGCUGGAGAAUCUGUAUCAGAGAGCAAUGGAGGUGAUGAUUCAGGGGUGAAACAGGAGGAGGCCCCAUCAGGGGCGAAUGGAAGUGAAUGCACGUAUAGUUAUGAGCGCCUGAAAGCAAAGUCCACGAAUCCAGCUACUGGGAUUGACUACAAGAGGAGAGAGGCCUACCUGUCAGAUGCGGAGUUCCAGAGUGUGUUGGGGAUGGCCAAAGAGGCUUUCUACCAACAGCCAAAGUGGAAGCAAGACAUGCAGAAGAGGAAGGUCGAUCUCUUCUAGAUAUUCCAUCGGAAAGAAAGUGAGUGGAUUUUGUGCCCUGGUUUUGCUUGUUGAGAGAGAAAGAUGGAUUUAUGUGAUUGAUUUGUGCUUGGUGGUUGAUGGUUGCUAGUGGUUGGUCAACUGUUGUGGUUAUAAUUAUUAGCAGUGUAGGGGCAUUCUUUUAUUUGUAUAUGCAUGUGCGGUGGCGGUGCCUGACGUCUAGCCUGCAUAGUGUCUUCUUCUUAUGCUACUGUGUGAAAAGAAGUGUUUGCCUUUCAGUUCAGGUUUGGAAGUUUGAACGUCAGGCACAUGGACUCUCGCAAAAUUUCAUUUGUAUACGUUUCUUUUUGAAUGUUAAAAGGUUUGACAUUAUUGUAUCUUACUGGUGUUGGAAUUUG